CUGCUGAGCAGUCCAGCUGCCCUUAAGGCGUGAGCGCGCGUGAGGACAAUGACCAAGGUGGUACCCAGCGCCAACGAUGGCGCCGAACAAGCGGUGCCGAAAACGCUGGAUCCCGCGACCGUGAACUGGUCUGAUCGCCCCGUCCCGGCGGACGGCGGCGUCACCCGGGUAAGUGUCGAACUGAACGUCCAGGAAUUCAAGGUCGACACGCACAACGGAGAGUUCCUGCAGGCGACAUUUUGGGUUGUAUUAGAGUGGGAGGAUCCGCGCCUGCUGGCGGCAGGCAUCGACACGUCCGAUCCGAGCGCGAUGCCGAAAGACAUCUGGCGGCCCGCCGCGUGCUUCCCGACGAAUUUCGCCUGGGCGGAUGACGAGCCACCGGUGACGUUCCUAUCACUGGCGCCCGGGCGUCUCAUGUGGUGGCGCCAGACGAAACCGACGCACGUCGACAUCUCAAGCGCCGGCGGCGGUGAGGAGAGGUUCAGAAGCUUCCCCUUCGACAGCGCCCGCAUCGACUGGCUGUUCUGUAUGUCCGACGAGGUGAAACUGGAGACUGACGUCGACAUCGAGCUCGACUUUGACAGACGAAACGUGAAGAGCCAGGGCGGCGAGCUGCGGCAGAUGGAGUGGGUCGGGCAGCGGCGGCAGGGCGAGUUCGUGUGCACGGCCGUGACGUUCGGCGUCUUCAAGCACAGCUCUCCGAACACGGGUUUGGUGUAUCGCGACUGUAUUUGGUCUUUGCACGUACAGCGCGACCCCACAUACUAUAUCUUCAAGGGCGCGGUGCCGAUCUAUGUCAUCGUCGCCUUCGCGUUUUUUCAGUUUGCGAUGGACGUGGACGCCCAACUUACUGAGAGACUAAAUUUUCUCGUGGCGCUCAUGCUCAGCUCCUUCGCGAUUCAGUGGACCGUAACGGACCGGCUUCCGCGCGUGCCGUUCGUGACCGCCCUGGACCGGCUGAUCUUCGCGAGCCUGCUCGCGUUGUUUAUGAUGGCCCUGGGUUCUGUCGUGGAGAGCUGUGUGGAAUCAACCAGUGAGUUAGGUUAUUCGAGCGGUCACGGCGAUGAUGUCGCGUCGAUGGCCUGGAAACUUCACGCCAUCUAGCAGACGCAGCUACGGAGAAAAUAUCGCGUCGAUGGCGUCGGGUGCCCGAAAUUUGAUUUCCACACAGGUCACGAACCAGGUCGUCUGCAGUGGCAGGCUCGGCGGGUGCGACUACGUCGAUAUCAAAAGAAUCCGCACGUGGGACAGAGGAUGCCUAUGCGCGACGCUCGCCGCCUUCGUGGCCAUGCACAUCGAUAUUUUGCGGCGUGUACGCGCGUUCACGAAGCAGAAGGGUAGCCACCGCACGUGGAAGGAAGGCGGCGGCCGCAUGAACGCGAUGAUGGACCCUAUUGAGGGAAAAAUUUGGCGCUGCGAUUUGACGCGCGAGAUGAAGAGCAGUGGAGGAGCAGCCUUCGGCGGCUUCAAGGGCAAGGGCACGAUCUACCCCCUCGCGGUCGAGAAGGCCUGAGCAAGUAACCCAUGUUGUGUAGUACCAGUGGUCUCACGGGGAAACGGGCGGAGAUCAUCAGGUUUGCAACGGGUGCGUCGCGACGACGCGACGGUCGCGGUGCCGAUGUGAGCUAAACCAGGCAGUUUAUCAGGGAAGGGGAGGAAAGCA